CAAUCGUUUAUCGGAGGCGCAGAUGUUUAUUUCACUUGUUACUCAAUAAAAUAAACUUGAACAAAAUGCUAACUCGCGUGUUUCGUUUGGUGCACGAUAGGCGUCUAAGUGUGCCUGUUCUGCGUUGCUUUCACCACGAGUUCUCAAAACCGCCAACAGUGCCUGAAAAAAGCCUGGAAAAGGAAGGUAAUCCCGGCCAGAAUUUGGUUGCCGGCGUUCAGGACAAAUACAAAAUAUUCCGAGACGAGGAGGCCACCGAGAUUUUUGAUGUUGAGGAGGCGCGAAGUCAGGAGCAGCAGCUGCCAGAGGAUUCGGAACCGGAGCAGGAUCAAUACUAUGGCCUGAAUUUAAAGCGUGGCGUUCGCGGAGUGUUCGAUGUUGGGGAUCUGGUGGAUUUGCUGCGCAAGGAGAAUGUGGACGACAUUUUCGUUUGCUAUGUGCCAGAGAACCUGAAAUAUGUGGAUCACCUGGUGGUUUGCAGUGGUCGCAGCUACCGACACAUGCUGACCACGGCGGAGUUUGUACGUCGGAUUUUUAAAAUCAAGCGGACCAAGGGCGACAUUCUGCCCCGCAUUGAGGGCGACAAGAGCCGGGAUUGGAUGGCCAUGGAUUUGGGCAACAUUGCCCUGCAUAUAUUUUCACCUAGGGCUCGGGAGGAAUACGACUUAGAGUCGCUGUGGGCCAUUGGCUCCCAGUACGACCGCGAGAGCCAAAAACCGAACGAUCCCUAUGGCGAUAUUUUCUUGGCCCAAACUCCUCUUACUGUUGUGGAAAAUGCAAAGCAUGAGACGUGAAAUGAUUUCGCUUUACUAGUUAAAUAUAAUAACCAUCGAUCACUAGA